AGUGGAAAUCAGUUUCCACUUUCUUCCAAAGCCGAAAAAUCGAGAGAGAAAGAGCAAAACCCUAACCGCGGCGCUCCGCCCCCUUCCGCCGCCGGAUUCCUCCUCCUCCUUCGUCCGCCUUCGCCGGCGCCGCCCUGCUCCGAAGGAGCCCAGGCCUUGUCGCCGCGUCGCUUGCCCCGCCGCCGGUUUCAGCAGCAGCCACCCCCACCACCAUGUCUUCUCAGGUCGACAACCGUAGCCAAUCUGCUGGAAAGCGUGCCCGCACCGACGGUGGGCGGCGUGAGGACGACUGGGUUUGCCCCAGCUGCCAGAACGUCAACUUCGCCUUCCGCACCACCUGCAACAUGCGCAAUUGCAACCAAUCCAGGCCCACCGACUAUACGAAGGAUAUGCAGAAACCUAUGCAGACACCGCCGCCCCAUUUCCCCAUGUCAGGGGGAUACAUGAGCCCAGGGACGCCGCCAUCCAUGUACCUCGGGGGUGGUGCUCCCCCUUAUGGCACCUCCCUCUAUGGCGGACCUGCUUUACCACGUUAUGGUAUUGCUCAGUUCCCUGGGGGUUCUGGAUAUCCAUAUGGCUAUGGUGGCCGCCUGCCAAUGGGGAGCCCCUAUGGGCCGCCGAUGCAUAUGGCAGGGCCUCCAUAUUCUGCUGGAUCCAUGAUGGGACCAGGUGGAAUGUAUGGGAUGCCCAUGGACAGAUAUAGCUUGGGCUUACCUGCUGGUCCUGGUCCAAUGGGCGCGAGGGCUGGUUCAUAUUCCGAGGAAGGAUCCCAGAAGAAGCCUGCAGGAGCUGGGCGUGAUAAUGAUUGGAAAUGCCCUAAUUGCAACAACAUUAACUUUGCAUUCCGGACAGUCUGUAACAUGAGAAAGUGCAAUACACCAAGACCUGAAAACCAGGGGUCCAAACCUGAUGGUGCAAGAGGUCCAAAACCAAAGAUGCCAGAAGGUAGUUGGAAGUGCGAGAAGUGCAAUAACAUAAACUAUCCAUUCCGCACAAAAUGUAACCGUCCAAGUUGCGAGGCUGAAAAGCCAUUUCAGACAAACAAUGCUAAUGAGUCAUCUGCUGAUCAGGACAAUCAGUGAGUCCUAGAACAGUUAUGAGGGUCAAGAAGGUCCAGCGUCGUCGUCAAGGUUCAGUCUGAAUGUCUGGGGUCUAUCUGUGUCAGUAGUCGCUGCUGUAUCCCCUUGAGACCUUAGUUGAGUCGUCGUCCUAAUGGUAAACGUUUUGGAGUGGCAACUGGAGUCAUGGAUUUCUUUAUUGCUACAGAUUUUGGUUAAGAACAUCCCUUGUGAAUUUGUCAUAUACUUCUGAAGCUUGGUUGCUUUGUCUUGGUUACUGGUACUCUGGGAAAAUGGCAAUUUAUGAUAUAAAUUUCAAUUAGCUAUCUGUGUCUUAGAUUGCUACCUGUGUGCUAUGAAGUACUAUUAGACUGUUCAUUGCGGUCUCAGUUUUGUCAAUUGUGUUUGUGGUCUUUGUUUCAACGUAAGGGUUUGGUAUCUCAGAUAAGUUGGUUCUUGCUGAUGCCUAUAUCUUUUUUACCCGUUUUAAAAAUUUUCGAGAGGAUCUUGGAAGGUAGAUUCUCAGUUUCUCACUAUAUGUUUGCGUGGCAUCCUCUUCACAAGUUUCUCUCCACAUUUUCUUUUUGUACUGAAAAUUGAUUUGGAGAGCCUCUCUGGUGCUAUUGUUUGAAGUAGCAAUUGGGUCUAAGAAACAAGUUAGCUCGGUACCAUGGAAUUGAUACCUCUGUGUCAGUAUAUCACUAUUUCAUCAACGGUAUCAGCCUUUGGAAUAAAUAAAAAAUGAACUUGAUCUAGGUUUCUGCCACAAAAUUUUUAUAUGUUUGUAAAAAGAGGAUAACACCCUUCUGUCCUCCCACAAUGUUGGUAUAUUGGUUAGGAGACCUAUAAAACCAUUGUCUGAGGUUAAUCAGGUUCAUUUGAACCAUGGACCUUAGCUUAGUUUCCAUCGUUGUCAAUGGAUUGACUCCUACAGCCAAUGUAGAAAUUAAUUGAAAAACUAUGAUUAUCCCAGUGCUCAGAAGUUCUAUAAGUCCCUAUUGUUUGCUUUUACAUGUGUACGGCAAAUAGGCAUGCAUGUUACUUUCUGCCAGACUCGUAGAGCUCAUGGAAUCCUGUUAUAUGUUAUCAUGUUAUCUGUAGCUUAGCAUUUUCAAGUUACCCCAUUCUGAUGUGCUUGAUUCAAAGAGAGGGCCCUUGAUGAAACAAUGAAUCCAUGUGCAUCAUCACAUUGUGGAGUGGUAGACUGGGUACCAUUGCAUGCUUGGUUCGACUCUGACUACUCGACUGACUGGAUGUCAUUAAAAUUAGUUGUUGUCAUGUAAUAUUGUGAAGCUUUUAUCAAAGCUGCAACUUUCACAUGACUUUCAAGACAAUAAUGAGCAAACAAAGGUGGAUCCUCCCGGUGGCCCUGCUGGAGUACCGACAAGUUCGCACGCCCUGCGAAUGGCAGCUCUCAGUGAGUUGCAGAACAGUGUUAAGAGCUGAUACCCUUUUCAUUUUCCAAACAAGGUGAGAACUUUGAUCCAUGUGGAUGUGCUUCUAUCAGGAGCAGCUGACAGUAUUGCAUGCAGUGAUCUUGCUAAGGAAGUUGGAGAUGGGAAACAUCGUGUGAUGGCCAGCCUUGAUGUAAGAAUGCAAAUCAGUCUUACUCCGUACCAUAUCUGUGUGGAGUGUGCACACCGGAAGCAUAGUCAUUUUUUGAAUGGUCGAUUGCUUCUUCCACAGUAAAGUCUAUAAUACCAGUGUGCAGGUGUUUUUUUCCCUUUCUUUCAGUGUGAAGGUGUUUUUUUACCCCUUUCUUUCGUUCAUUCAUUCUUUUUCUUUUUCCUUGUUGAGACGGUAUCCUGGAGCACUUUGUAAUACUCUAAUGUGCUUCGGAAAGUAGAAUAUAAGUUGUGCUUAUGGGCGGGCCAAAAUGCUUUGGCCGUUAGUUGCAUGACAGCCUUUCCAA